AUGAACAGACCGCCGCAGGGUCGUGGUCCCCCGCCUCGAGCGGGUGCCGGUGCGACUUGGUAUCCAGGGGGUCAGGAUGACUUUUACAUGCCAGAGGUCAUCUCCCCCUCCCCUCAGCGGGUGAUGCCUGAAGUUCCCGAAAACAUGCAGGAUAAUAUCGCGCAACUGGAACAUCAUGCUCGCGACCCCCGCCGCCCACAACAACCUCCUGCGCCCUCGCCUGCGCAGUUUCGCUCACAAUUCCCCGAGCGAACUUCCUCCGCCGCCUCCGUCCGGGGCCAAGCGCAACAGGCUCAGGCCUACGACCACGGCGCCUACGCGCAAUCGGCCACUUACGAUACUAUGGACCAUCCCAACUUUUCUCCCUUCCCCGUCCUGCGGAAUCCACCUCCCAAUGUCCCUCCGACCGAUGAGCAGCGGGAAGCCAACCUGGAGCGCCACCGCGCAGCUAUUUUGUCGACCACCGACCCCGAAGUCCAGCUUACUUGGGCCCAAGAUACCUUGGCCUUUGUUGAAGUGGCCGCACAAAACGAGGACCGCUUGUCCCUCACGCAGCCACCGCGUCCCCACACACCUCAGGUGGAACGACAGCUCAAGACUGAUGCUAUGAACAUUGUCAGCUUCUUGGCCGAGCAGCACCACCCUCACGCCGAGUUUAUCAAGGGAAUGUGGUUGGAAUUUGGCAAGUUCGGUUUCCGGGUUGAUCGGAAGGAAGCUUUCCGAUGCUAUUCUAGAGCCGCAGAGAAGGGCUAUGCUCGCGCAGAGUACCGCAUUGGAAUGCAAUUCGAAAGUUCAGGAGAGCCGGAGAAGGCAAUUAGACACUACGAGCGGGGUGUUGCAAUGUCCGAUUCUGCUUCAUACUACCGCCUCGGAAUGAUGAUCCUUCUUGGUCAGCAUGGUCAGCGCCAGGAUUUCCAGCGAGGACUUGAGUGCAUUCGUUUAGCUGCACAAUCUUGUGAUCAAAAUGCGCCGCAGGGUGCCUACGUAUAUGGCAUGCUCUGUGCUCGUGAGCUUCCCCAAGUCAGUGUCCCAGAGGCCUUCUUGCCGGCCGACCUCAACACCGCGCGCGUCAAUAUCGAAAAGGCUGCCUUCAAUGGAUUCGCAAAGGCACAAGUGAAGAUGGGUGCCGCAUAUGAGCUAUGCCAGCUUGGUUGUGAUUUCAACCCCGCAUUAUCAUUGCAUUACAAUGCCCUUGCAGCACGCCAAGGUGAGCCUGAGGCAGAGAUGGCCAUUAGCAAAUGGUUCCUGUGCGGACACGAAGGUGUCUUCGAGAAGAACGAUGAAUUGGCCUUUACAUACGCCCAGCGUGCGGCUCAGAGCGGUCUCCCUACAGCCGAAUUUGCCCUGGGAUACUUUUACGAAGUCGGUAUCUUCGUGCCGAGUGAUAUUAAAGAGGCUCGAAGCUGGUAUGCCAAGGCUGCCGCCAGCGGAAAUAAAGAUGCCUCUGGUCGAAUUGACAGCAUUUCUCGCUCCAAGACCCUCUCCCGAAAGGACCACGAGAAGGUUGCGAUUUCUCGAAUCAAGUCAACACGUUAUGUUGCUCACCAACGCGGAGGAUCUUUGGAAGCCACACCCGAAAACAUCGAGAUGCCAGAUCCCUCCCGCAUGACCUUGUCUGACCCUCCCUCCUCUGCUGCCCCAUAUCCGGAUCGCCCAAUGUCGCGCCCUCGUCCGCCAGGUCAGCCCAAUUACCAAAUGCCCGAUCCCCGACCCAGUUCGGCAUUUGGCGUCAACCCAAACUUGCGCAAUGGUCCUCCAGGUCCAGGGUACGGUGGCCCGCCUGGCCCUGGCUCCCGGACUCCAUCCUAUGGACAGGGUCCGCCGAUGGAUUAUCGCCGUCCCGGCCCUGGUACUCCACUAAGCGCGCCUGCAGGACCAUUGAGUCCCCAAGGCAGUAUGAUCAGCCCUACUGGAACACCCCGGGUGGACAUUGGGUACUCUGCGCCGGUUCCGCCGCCGGGUGCUGACCGACGACGCCCUACUCGACUCGAAGGAGUUCCGCCAGAUCGCAUACCAGUGCGAACUCCUGUCUCUGCUCACGGUGGUCCUAUACCAUCUCCACGAGCACCCGCGUCUCCUCGUUCGACUGGCUCUCCUUCUUCCGGCACAUUCCCCCCACGCCAGGAGUCACGCCUGCCAUCUAGAGGAUCAGCAUCUUCUACACCUCAGCCGCAGUCAGCACCGCCGACCCAACGACCUGCCGCCGCUCAGCCACCAAAGCCAGCUGGUCAGCCCCCCAGUAAAGGCCCCAAGACCUUCGAGGAAAUGGGAGUCCCUAGUGCUAACAAGGACAGUGAUUGCGCAACUGAUAUCUCCGCAAAUUUACACGGCAAAGUAUCAAAAGGCCAAGCCGUCAAAAUUCUACAAAAGCUAGAACAAAAGGGCGAAAUCACAUCUCGAACAGCAGGGAAACAAAUCGUCUACCAUACACCACAGAAACCAUCCGAUUCCAUCACCCCCGAAAGUAUCGCCUUAAUCAAAUCCGAGAUCAACGAACUUCAGACCCAGCUAUCUUCGAUAAAAGCAGAGGAAAAGAAAGCACGUGCUUCUCUCUCGGCCCUGAAGGCCAAACCUCGAAUUGCGGAGCUACAGCAGGAUAUACAGCGGCUAGGGUGCGAACGAGACGACAUGCAAGCGCAUCUAGCGAAAUUGAAUGGAGGACCCGAGGCCUCGGCCACGGCCAUCGCCAUCGCCAUCCAGAUAACCCCGGAGGAAAGGUCCCAACUUGAGCAGGAGUGGAAGAUCUGGUAUCGACAGGCUACUAUACGCCGUCGUAUUUGUAGGGAAAUGUGGGAUCGAUGCAGUGAGGUAUUGCCCGAGAAUACGAGUGUGUUAGAGCUAUGGGUAUGGUCAACCCCAUUGGGGAUACAAUUACCCUAUCACCGUUAUCAUCAGUGGUUUGCAAAUGCUAACGUGGCUGCAGGAGUCUUUGGGGCUUGA